UGGUCUGUUGUAAACCAGAACGAGGACGAGGCACUAUGCAGAAGACGGCUGGUGUGUCUGUUUCUUGUGACAUGGCCUGCAGAGCUGACGCCGAGCUUAAACCUGAAAGCUUUAAAGUCACAGUUCUUUCUGAACAGAUAAACCAACUUAUGGAAGAUGACUCUGCUUUACAUAUGAAAGAGCCUGAUGUAAUCCCUGAUACUACUCUACGGGUAGAAGGAGAGGAUUUUUAUGUCAACCGUCAGCAACUGGCCCUCCAGAGUCCCUACUUCAGGGCUCUGUUUUUCGGCUGUGGUGUAGAGAGAAACAAAAAGAGGGUUGAGAUCAAAGGUGUGGGCCUUCAGUAUUUCAGGGUUUUGAUGGAAUACAGCAGGACAUCCAACCUUGUUUUGGACAGAGAAAAUGUUCUAGGGAUCUUUGAAACUGCAGACUUUCUACAACUGGAACAAGCGAGGCUGCUGUGCUGCAAGUUCCUGGAGCGUGAGCUGCACCUCAGUAACUGUCUGGGAAUGAUGGCUUAUGCCUGGAGGCUGGGUUGCACUCAGCUCUACAAGGCAGCACGACAGGUGGUGCUCACACACUUCUCUGCUAUUGUCGCUGAAGAGGACUUCCUGUCUUUGUCUAAGGAGGCGAUAGCAGAUUUACUUGCCAGUGAUGACCUGGCCAUCCAUAAAGAUGAUUUCGCCCUGGAGGCCACCCUGCGUUGGGUGUCAUUUGACCCAAAACGAGAAGAACAUUUUCUGGAACUCAUUGAACUGGUGAGGCCUGAGUCGCUCUCUUUACCAUUUAUCACUGAACUUUUGACCAGAAUGAAAAGCUCUGACCCCAGAGCCAAGCUCAUCUACAUGCUUAAUGAACAUUUCCCAGCAUCUUGGUCAGUGGGGAGGUCACUGAAGAGAACCAGGGCCAGAGAGACCCUCUUUGUCCUGGGUGGCCCUCAUGAUCAGGAGCAACAGGCACUGUACCAGUUUCACCCGCUCAGUGGUAGAUGGCAGAGUUGUGCACCUCUGCAGAGGAAGAACCUCACACAGUACUCGGUAGCUGCAGUAGGGGACAAUGUGGUUGUGACAGGUGGCCACUUCCGGGACGUGUUGUGGUUCUGUGUGGAUUGGGUCAGGAUAUACGAAUGUGGUAACCAGCGCUGGGUGGACGGACCGGCCCUGCAGAAAUCCAGGCACAGCCACUGCUCCAUAGGGCUGGACUCAGUACUGUAUGUCUUGGGGGGUAGCAUGGACGAAGGGCUUGUGGAUGAUGUAGAAAGGCUGGUCCUAGGGUCAGAGGAGGGCUGGGAAGCAGUCAGCCCCAUGGUUAGGGCUGUGGAGAGGGCAGCCACUGCCGCUCUGGGGUCAUGUAUCUACGUGGCGUGUGGCUUGGAUGAAAAUGGGGAGGCGUAUGGUGGAAUCCAGAGAUAUAUGGUGAAGGAGGAUCAGUGGGAUGUGGUCUCUUAUUCUCCAUUUCCACGUUAUGACCUGGUUGCCACGGAGCUCAACGGUGCCCUCUACUUGUUUGGAGGCCAAGCCUUGCGUUUUGACGUGGAAACAGAUGAGUGGACUGUGCUGGAGGAGGAGGAAUGUCUGGACAGGAAGUUCUUCUCUGGCUGCACAACAGUCAGCAGCCAGAUAUACCUGGUCAGUGAGAAGAAGAGCAACAAAGCAUUCCCAAACAUGGUUCUGAUGGACCCUUACAUAGACACGUGCAUUGAGGUGGACGAUGCCAUACCCUGCCCAGUGCCCCUCAGAGGGUGUGUCACCAUGAGAAUGGUCACUUGACAGUGUGUGAUUUGACCGAAUGAAAAUGCAUUUUUUUGUUCUACAUAACAAAAUUUGUAGUUAUGUAUAUGUGUAUAUUGGAAGUGUCAUUCUUGUCUUAAACAGAGCACUUGCCAUAUAUAUUUUUAUGUAAGAGGUCAUUUGAAAUAAAACAAAUGAAAAGCCAUUUCAUAGAACAAAAAAAUCUAAAAAUAGAUUGAAUGAACACAUAUUCAAUACUAGUAAACCACACUUGAAAGACAGCAGUGCUAAUUUUAAAUAUUAGUCAUUUAUUAAAACUUUUCAACUGACAACACAAUCAACAAAGCAUUUGGGUGCAGUCAUAAGAGAACAUUUCAUAGUCACUUUCAUUGAAACAUUAUAUUUCACCAGGUUUUCUAUUUUUAAUUUAAAAAAAAGCAGUAUUCUAGUGGGGGUCAUGGGUGUGUUAUUCAGUGGAUCAGCCCUUUUAGUGCUCUACAACCUAAAUCCAACCUUGUGUUGUAGCCCCCACUGCCACAAGUCCCUGCUUCUGCUCCUACUCCUUUAUAUAAAAUAUUGUUCGAUGCAGUAUGCAGACACGUAAGACACAAAUCUUAAAGAGUUGCCCUCACUAACCUAUGAAAAUGUAAUACCAGUGUUUUGGUAGUGAAUUACUGUGAGUGUACUAUAGUUUAUGAUGGUUGGAACCAAGCCAAGAAGAAGCUUACAGUUUAAACACAUGUAAACUCCAGCUCUUGUAGAAUGCAGCCUAAUCAUAUGAAAAUAUGUCAUUGUCUUUUAUAAUAACCAUUAAAUCUUAAAACUUUUCUUUAUCUGAGCCAUAAAGCAUUUGACCUCUGUAGACAACUCUACUAUCUAAAAUACCUCACAUUUCACUAAUGCCCAUCUGUAUGCAUACUUAAGUUUUACCUAGGCACCAGCAGCCUUACCAACAUUUCACACAAAACAUCAGAACCAGUCACAGUAAGGCUUGGCCCGUGUGUUUGUUUUACUUACACACAGAGCUUAAUAUCAAGUGCUUGUCACAGAAUAGUGUAAAAAACAGCAGCCAAGGCACAAAACUAAAGUCCAGUAGAGCAAACCUUAACAAAAACCUUGUUGAGAAACCAUGCUGCCUGUCACAAUGUUCAAAGUAGAAAAAGAAACAAAAACAAACACAUACACAUAUAGCUUCAGGUCCAUAUUUCUAGGAGCAGUAACAUUUUUUUUGUAAAGGAAUCAUUUCAUCAGACAUAGGGAGUGGAUUCUCUACAAGGAUAUGUUCUUCAUUGUGCACCAGAGGGCGUCAUAUCUUUUCUAAGGAGUAAGCUCAAACAGAAAAAUAUAAUUUUAUCAUCCCUAAAGGACUUCUUCAGUAGCCUUUUAUAUUCUGUCACAGAUUACAACAUAAAAUGACCUGUUGAGUAAUUGGUUCAUAAAAAAUAGAUAUAUAAAGUGGUUUAUCAACAGAUUUACUACAAUCAAUGUUUUUAAUAGUCUAUGUACAAUCAACCAUAUCAUGUAUGUGGAUACAAAGCUGUGGGAGUGAAUUACUGUUAAUUCUAGGUUUUAGUUUGCUCUGUUUAAAACAUAUUAUACCACAGAUUAGAUUAGAACAGUUUGAUUUUGUAUAAAAAACAUUUAGUUUUUCUUGUUCAACAGAAAGGAUGUAUUAUAGCACAGCCCACGUACUUGUAUGCUUAUGUAUUUACAAACAAGUUAUUAUAGUUCAAUGAAAAGAAACCACAGAAAUGCAAAAUUUGCAAAAAGAACUCAUAUGGUUUGUUGUAAAGGAUUUUUUUUGCCAAAUAUAUUUUUAUAGUAUGCAGUGGUAUGGGUGACAGUAACGAUGGUGUUUCUUCCUAAUCUCACACUGGUUGUGCAGAUUUACAAUCAUCUGUGCUUUGCCCUCUUUUUUUCAAGAUAAGCAAGAUGCAGACUUACCCUGAUCAGAAAUCAUCAAUGGACCAUGUUGGAUGUACACAAGCCAUAUGUAUGUAUCAUAUGUCAGACAUGAGUUAAUCUCCAAUAGGCGGGAGGGAAAAAUUACUUUUUUCUUCCAGUGAGGCUUGGUAGAUGUGGAAGGACACUGCUCCACUAUCUGGCUUUGGGCAGUCUGCUGUUUAUAUUCCUCUGGUUGGUGAGGUUGUUCAGGACACAGUUGUUAGCCAGCGAUGCCAGUUUGGAGUUGAUUGCACCUUUUCUUUGCUCCCAGCUGCACUCGUCCCCUUCUUCCUCAGGCUCCUCCUCUUCCUCCUCAUCAUCCACUUCACUCUCCUCAUCGCUACGUUCAUCACGCUCCACCUAUGAAGGAAGUAAAUAAGUUAAUAAAAAUUUUUUGGUGCCCAAAUACUG